GAUUGCUGCGUACCAGGAGAAGAUUGCACCGCUACCUUGCACAGCCAUUGCUGCCAUUCUAUUCAGGAUGUACCUCCUAAUGGCACCGACUUUAUGUUUAUUCUGGAACAUGUUUGGCUUGUGUGCAGCUAUGAACUCUAAACCCAAUAUACUUCUGUUUCUGGCUGAUGAUCUUGGCAUUGGAGAUGUAGGUUGUUAUGGGAACAAUACCAUAAGGACCCCAAACAUUGACCGCCUGGCAAGAGAAGGAGUGAAACUUACUCAGCACAUUGCCACAGCUCCACUUUGCACUCCAAGCAGAGCAGCGUUUCUCACUGGCAGAUACCCCAUUAGAUCAGGGAUGGCGUCCAGCAACAGGUACCGGGCGCUGCAGUGGAACGCCGGGUCAGGAGGGCUCCCUGUUAAUGAAACAACGUUUGCCAGGCUGCUGCAGCAACAAGGCUAUACCACUGGACUGAUAGGAAAGUGGCAUCAAGGUGUAAGCUGUGAAUCCUUCAAUGAUCAUUGUCAUCAUCCUCUAAAUCAUGGGUUUCACUACUUUUAUGGUAUGCCUUUCACACUUCUAAACAACUGUCAAGAAAACAAACCUCCAGGGCUGGAUGUAGCCCUUCAAGCUAAGCUUUGGCUUUAUAGUCAGGUAAUUACUCUCGCCGUGCUCACUCUCGCUGCUGGAAAACUGACUGGUUUGAUUUCCAUCCGCUGGAAGAUAAUUGCGUGUUUUACUUUGGCGGGCAGCCUUUUCUUUAUUUCUUGGUACUCCAGUUACGGCUUUGUGCAGUAUUGGAACUGUAUCCUGAUGAGGAACCGUGACAUCACUGAGCAGCCAAUGAGGUUAGAGAGGACUGCUUCCCUCAUGCUGAAGGAGGCAGUGUCAUUUAUCAAAAGAAACAGGCAUGGACCAUUUCUCCUCUUUGUUUCCUUUUUACAUGUUCAUACCCCCCUCUUUACUACGGCAAAGUUUCUUGGCAAGAGCCAUCAUGGUUUAUACGGAGACAACGUAGAAGAAAUGGACUGGAUGGUGGGCAAAAUUCUGGAUUCUCUUGACAAAGAAGGUUUGAAAAAUCAUACAUUCACAUACUUUGCCUCUGAUCAUGGAGGACACUUGGAGGCUCAGGAUGGAUCUGCCCAGCUGGGUGGCUGGAAUGGUAUUUAUAAAGGUGGAAAAGGCAUGGGAGGCUGGGAAGGAGGGAUCCGUGUGCCAGGAGUAUUUAGGUGGCCAGGGGUGUUACCUGCAGGCACAGUUAUCGAUGAACCUACAAGCCUUAUGGAUAUUUAUCCCACAGUUGUUCAUCUGGCUGGAGGAAUAUUGCCACAGGACAG